AUGUCGGGUCAAUUUUAUUCGAUAUUAGAAUGGCGACUCCAGGCUGCUGCGGCGGCGGCCUCGGGCGCGCUGCUCGGCGCCUAUCUGGAGCGCCACGGUCCGCCCGCGGCCUCGGACUUGCCGGCGCCGGCCGGGGCGUUGGCAGGCGGCCCCGGGAGCGGCGGCGGCGUGGUGGUCGGGGUGGCCGAGGUGAGAAACUGGCGCUGCUGCUGCCUCGGCAGCACCUGUUGGUGCCGGAGCCUCGUGCUGGUGUGCGUGCUGGCCGCCCUGUGCUUCGCUUCCCUGGCCCUGGUCCGCCGCUACCUGCAGCACCUCCUGCUCUGGGUGGAGAGCCUCGACUCGCUGCUCGGUGUCCUGCUCUUCGUCGUGGGCUUCAUCGUGGUCUCCUUCCCCUGCGGCUGGGGCUACAUCGUGCUUAAUGUGGCGGCCGGCUACCUGUACGGCUUCGUGCUAGGCAUGGGGCUCAUGGUGGUGGGCGUCCUCAUCGGCACCUUUAUUGCUCAUGUGGUCUGCAAACGGCUGCUCACCGCCUGGGUGGCCGCCAGGAUCCAGAGCAGCGACAAGCUGAGCGCCGUUAUCCGUGUCGUGGAGGGAGGAAGCGGCCUGAAGGUGGUGGCGCUGGCCCGGCUGACUCCCAUACCUUUUGGGCUUCAGAAUGCAGUGUUUUCGAUUACUGAUCUUUCCUUACCCAACUAUCUGAUGGCGUCUUCAGUUGGACUGCUUCCGACCCAGCUUCUGAAUUCUUACUUGGGAACCACACUACGGACGAUGGAAGAUGUCAUUGCAGAACAAAGUGUUAGUGGAUAUUUUGUCUUUUGUUUACAGAUUGUUAUCAGCAUAGGCCUCAUGUUUUAUGUAGUUCAUCGCGCUCAAGUGGAAUUGAAUGCAGCUAUCGUCGCUUGUGAGAUGGAACUGAAAACCUCUCUGGUUAAAGGCAGUCAACCGAAUCCCAGUGGCUCUUCCUUCUACAACAAGAGGACCCUCACGUUUUCUGGAGGUGGAAUCAAUGUUGUAUGACUCUUACAAACUGUGAUUGUCGAGCGCCUACUCUGCUGUCCGGGCCUAGCAGUCACUUACCUAAUGGCAGAGACAAGUGCCGUUGUAUUAUGGCACAAGCAAAACUGACUAGUUUUUAAAUUGCACAAUUUUCUAAAAGCAAGAAUCAUUUUCUGGGUCUGUAAAUGUAGAUGCAGCUUUGGCUGCCCCUUGUCAUACCUGUAAUGGCCUAUAGGUGUGCACUUUAGUGUUUUUGAAUUAUUUUAUUGCUGGGACUUAUGAACAGAGAAAUAACCCAAAUUUUUUUUUCUGUUUAGUAUCUUUAUUUAUAAAGCCCAUGAAUAGUUGUGUGCAUCUGUCUUUAAAGAUGAGUAAAAAUGUACAGUUCUCAGUGGCUCACUGUUGGAUGUUCUUUGCUUUGGCAUUCUGUCCAGAAGGGUAAACUGUUUUGUUUAUUGUUCACUUGUUUGUUUCAAGCAGGAAAACUUCGCUUUACUUUUCUUGCUUGUAAGAGAAUAGAUGUACUUUGGUCGAAUGUAUGUCAGCAUUAUGUCACUGUGGGCCAUUUACAACUUUGCGUACAAGCGUAAAUCCUACAUUGUGGGACUGAAGUGCUCUUAAGACCCCUUUUAUUUUCACUGUGUAAUAUGCAAAGUGAAAGGGACAUUAUUUAGCAGGCGACUCACAAGUCGAGCCUGCAUUCUUAUUUGAUUAUCCUGUUUUCACAAGUCGAGCCUGCAUUCUUAUUUGAUUAUCCUGUUUUCACCCUUUAGGCCUCAUCCAAGGGCUGUCCGAAAGCACUCUUACCAAACCAUUUCUCCCUUUUAUAUUAAUAAUUAGGCUUUGAAAUUAACAUAUUAUUCCUAUAAAACGGUGGGCUUACCAUUUCUGACGUUGUCAUUCAGGUGGCCUUGUUUAGUCAAAACGCCUUGUUAAAAAGAAACAAGCUUUAAAAUCACGUUUAUAGUUUCAGUAAAGUACUUAUAAUAUAUAUGUCUCUAUAGUUUUCAGCUUUAAAACUAUAAACAAACAUUAAUAAAAGCCCAUGUUUGUGCUAUCUGCUGUAUUAUUGCUGUUUUGUUUGGGGCUUUGAUAAUUCCUUUUCCCUGAUGAGACUCAGGAAUUCUGAAAUGUGAAAUCGUCUUGGUUCUUUUUCUCGGAGCAUGUGUGUUUGCUAACAGCACAUAGGACUUAGCAUACAGUAAUCUGACAUGAUUCACACAGCGAACACUCAUUGAUCAGCUUUACUUUUGAAGUAGUUAAUUGCAAACUUAAUGAAUAGUUGAUUUUGUUGGUUACAAAUGAGACUGUAGUAAUACGGUAACGUUUUCUGUUAAGUACUUGGCUUUUCUAUGACUGUUCCAACCUGUCAGAAGUCUCUCCGCUGCCUUUUCCUGGCGGUAAAACCAUUGCCCUGGUAGCUGCUGACAUAGAGUAAUCCUGUGCAAGCAGAUUUUUCUAGCUUAACACCAGAGAUGACUUUGAUUGUGUUCACAUACAAGGUUUUUGCCCAGUUCAGGUUGUUUUCCUUCCCUCCCUGAUACGUAAAUUCCUUCGCCUCUGAGUAGCAGUAGAAGACCAGAGUAACUAUGACAAAGGCACCUGGUCUACAGCGCAUGCCUGGCCUCCAGACCUUUGUUAUCAGUAGAGAAACAACUAUGUAUACUUUGAGUCCUCACUGCCUGUUUAGUUUUAUUUAGUUUAACCAUCCCAAUAAAGGAAAUAUUUGAUUUGUUCUUGU